AUGUCAUCUCCAUUCAAAAACAUUCUCAUCGUCGGAGCGACAGGCUCUAUCGGUGCUAUUAUGCUGAAUGCUCUGACCAACGAACCUUCAUUCAAAGUCAGCGUUCUGCAGCGUUCAUCAUCCAAGGGAAAGAUCCCCACCAACGUUCGGAUCAUCACUAUCGAUGAUUCGUACCCUUCUGAUGCACUCGUGUCUGCAUUCUCCGGUCAGGAUGUUGUCGUCAACUGCAUGACAUCCUUGGCCGUCAGCGACCAACUACGUUUCGUUGACGCUGCAGUCAAUGCCAAGAUCAAACGCUAUGUUGCCUCAGAAUACGGUCUUAACAACAACAACCCCGACGCUAGAGCCCUGAAUUCAGUCUUUCGUGAGAAAGGUGAAGUCCAGGAUUACCUCCGUUCCAAAGAGUCUACGGGCUUGGAAUGGAUGGCUAUCGCUUGCGGUAUGUGGCUGAAAUGGAGUGCGCGUAACAACUUCCUCGGAAUGCACCUCAAAGAGAAACGGUUCGUGCUCUGGGACGACGGCAAUGGCUGGUUCAGCACCACUACCGAGGAUAACACCGCAUUGGCAAUGGUGAACGCUUUGAGCAAGAAGUGGGAGGAGACGAAGAACAGGGUCGUGUGGCUAAGUGACUUUGCUAUCACUCAAAACAUGCUCCUCGGGGCCAUUGAGCGUCUUGGUGACGAGAAAUUGACUGUCGAAAGAGUCGAUAGUAGUCAGCUGAUCAAGGAGAAGCAGGCCGCUGUAGCGGCGGGAGACCCAUAUGCUAUAUACUCACUGAUUGAGACAGGAUUUGUUACCGGCAAGUUUGGAGGCCAUCUGGAGAAGGAAGGGGAGAUUAUGAACAGCAUAUUGGAGCUACCGAAGAAGGAUUUUGAUGAAGUCGUCAAAUCGGCUCUGCAGGCUGUGGUGGGGGUGUAA